AUGCUCCACCAGAUCACUGGUCAGGCCAAGAAGCAUCCUAGAUUGAUCCCCCUCUUUGUAUUUAUUAGAGUGGGAGGUACUGGAGCAGCAUUGUAUGUCUUGCACCUGGAGUUGUUCAAUGCAGAUGUCAGCUGGGACAGGAAUAACCCAGAACCCUGGAACAAACUGGGUCCCAAUGAUCAAUACAAUUUCUACUCAAUGAAUGUCGAUUACAGCAAACUGAAGAAAGAAGUUCCAGACUUCUAAAUGAAAUGUUUCACUAUAAUGCUUCUUAGAAUGAAGGUCUUCCAGAAGCCAUCUGCACAAUUUUCCACUUAACCAGGAAAUAUUUCCCCUCUA